AUGACCCCUGUGACAUCUCCCGCCCCUUCCCGGGUCGCCCUCGCGGUGGGGGCGGCCUGCUGUCACAACGUCUGCAUCCUCGCGGAGGAUGAGGUGCUGUCCCUGGCCGGGCUGUCGCGAUCGCCGGUCAUCCCAUCCAUCCUGCUCAGCGCCGGCGCCGAGGACGCGGAGGCGGAGCCGGAGCCGGGGGAACGAACGGGCCAGACCCGCCGGCCCAGCGCUGGGCCGGCCCAAGCCCUCGACACGCCCUAUCUCCGCGUCGCCAAGUGUCUCCACGGCCUGCUCCGAAGGGCACACGCCGAGGACUGCGCGUGGCGAGGCCGGCGCCCUCUGCAGAUGAUCUUCGGCGCGGAUUCGAUCUUACGCCUGGACGAGUCCAUGGUCGUGCGCGCUCGAUGUGCUCCUAUAACGGCUAACCGCAUCCUCUCUCAGGACGGCGCGAAGGCGUCCUUUUCCUCUGGUCAAAAGCCCCGCGCGAAGCUGCUUUUACCGCGCGCUACACCCCCUAGUCUUUUAUACCGGGACAUCGACAAGGCCUUCGAACGGCUGAUUGCCCCAUCGCCUCCCUCUUUGGCGUACGUCGGCUCCAAUACCCAUGAACGUAUUCUCGGACUCUUUUUCCCACCACCUUCUUGCGUGGGCCUGAAACGAGACCGGGAAGGGGUUGAACCCCGAAAUUUGAAAGGGGCAUGCUCUACCAUGACAGGAGAUUCAACGCCUGGCAAGGAGAACUUUCUCGAGUUGAGGACAGGGCGCGUGCGGGAUGUGUGUUUGCUGCUCCACCUCUAUGGUUACGUGCUGGAGGAAGCGGAAAGGGGAUUUACGCCCCUCCCUUUAAUAGAUCAGCACGACACAGUUGAGGCCUUGGAAAGGAUUCUAUCAGCCACGGAUGGAGAUGGCACCGUGCAAAGGCUGGGAGGUUCUCCGAAUGUGGAUCCCCUGGAGAAGGAUCGAACAAGCAAGGAAGAGGAUACUGCCGAGCGAGUCCACGCCUUCCUAGGGAGUUGUCAUUUUUGCUGUCGUUUCUGUGGAGGGCAGCCACCUGUCUGUAUUGAUAGUGUUGCCUCUCCAGAGCCCGAUAAUCCCACGCAGGCUCCGACAAAGACAGACCAAAAGUGCAUAUCUGAGCCCGUGCAGUCGAAUGCGUGCCCAGUGGAGUCUGCAGGUGAAGUUGAGACGAACAUCAAUCCUGAGAAUGAGAAUGCUAAAGAAGUUCAUGAUGCCCAUUCUCAUGGUAGCGAAAAUGCAAGUUGUGGAUCUAAUAGGUUCUGUAAAGACCUUGACGAUGAAGAGAAUAUAGGGGCGAAUCCUAUUGAAGUGAAUGAAGUUAACCUGACCCCUGAAAAAUCGAUUCCAGCUGAAGAUGAUUGUAGUGAUUACUCCUCGUCAUCCGAGGCAGGAGCGAACAUAUCUCAGCAGCGUUGCCCGUCCGUCAUCACAAUGUCAUUCAGUGUUCGUGAACCCUUAAACGGCCACCGAAACUGGUGUCCAUGGAAAACCUUAUUUUUAGAUGUCGUUCUUAUGGGACUUAGAGGGGACGAUGAAGGUAAUGAAGCAAAAGCAGCACCUCUGCGUUGGGUUUACAUGGAUUUUAGUAUAACCAACUCUAAUGAAAGUGGGAAGGGAGAUUUUGAGAGUGUAGAACACUCCGUUAAAUUACCAACUCUGUUUCCAGGGACGGCCUUCAAGUGCGCCGGGGAUCACAAUGCAGGUGAAGCAGAGCCACACAAUAAAAUUAAUGAUAUAGAACUAAAUAAGCAGGAUAGGAAUACGCUACGCUUCCAACUUGUUCUUUCAGAAAUGGAGCGACUUAUUACCGUCUGGCGAGUUAGUGAAGACAUUGAAAAGCGUUUUCGGUACUCAUACUUAUUGAACCCUUACCCGGAUAAGGUGCAGCAGCUUAGCUGCCGACGCUCCUUGACAAUCGUAGAGCCCGAAACGACUACUCACACCAACGUGAGUGAGUCUUCUUCUUCGGUUGCCAUGGAGGCAUUCCUCUCCAAUUUACAAAAACGUUCAGACACCGGGGGUAAUAAUCCUGGAGCCGAUAUGAAGGGAUCGUAUCGAGCAGCUAGUCUCAUUUAUUGGCCAACAAUGAUGUCGAAGAUGAGGUCCACUGGUAGCAGUGUAGGCGAGAAUAUCUUUGCGUUGGUAUCCAAAGUGCUCCAGACGCUCCUGCGAGCUGAGGACUCUAUGGGGAUGUCGCGAUCUAUGGACGGCGAUGGCACUGUGGAUGGUAGAAUCGGUGCCAAUCCUAUAACUUCAACUAAACAGCUUCCUGGCAUCACUAGUCCACAGUUAACCACUCUUUUGGCCGAAGGACUUAUGCUGCUGAGAAAGAUGUCGUCCCCAGUCAUACAUCCCUCCAUGAGCGGCACCGCCGAUAUCUCCUCGAAGCGGCAAGACUUGGAGAAACAGUGCGCGGAUUUUAUCGCCCGUAUGGACCGCGAGUGCUUAACGAAAAUUUGCCACUCCAAAAGUACCGAGAACGGCGUAUCUGGAAGGGAUCGAGUGACCUUGGAUGUCCUACAGAAACUUGUGAAGCCAACUAUCACACUCCUUUAUCACGACCACCUUUCGCCUGCUAAUAGUGUCGAGAAGCCAUCUCAGGCGCCACCGCCAUUAGGGACUUUGUCUAUCGAAGCUACAAGAGCGGGCGUUGGUAUUGCGGUCGACGAAAAUGAUCGCAGCAACGGAUCAGUUGUUCAAACUCAAGCAACUGUAGUGAGUGAUACGGACAGCAGUCUAGGCUUUCGUAAUGGUAGUUCACCAACUGGAUGGUUUUGGAGUCCAACAUCUCUGGAGGAUGCGAGGGGCACCGUCGAAGACUUUUUAAACCAGCUUCGACUUCAGCAACGUCGGAAAGUUACACCGACCGCGCCUCAUGAGCCGCAGAAACCUUCGACUAAAGUUUCAAGGCCCUUGUCCAAAUUUGCCCUUUCGGACGACUCAACCCUUCAACACGAUGCCUCGGACUCCUUAGCAUCAGGGCCAUAUCCGCAUACCGAGCAACUUGUGAAUGCAUUACCCUCUUCGUCGGUACAUUUUUCAAAAUCCUUGGAGUCUGAUGCCCAUCAUGGGGUGGAUUCCUCAACAAUUAUCGACACCCAACCUACCGUAUUUGCCGUUCCUGGUAGUGCCCCAGUUCCUGUAAAUGCGUUUUCUAACAUCUCAUCGAGCACCGAGUGGAGAGAAUCCUCUAUAUUUCAAACUGAAACCUUGUCAUCUGUUCGGGGAAGUACCGCGGCAAGAUUGCCUACUGGUGCCCACCACCCUACUCCUACUCCCACUCCUUCUGUAGAUUCUUCGAUUCUUGGAUCGACUCCAUUUCAAGAAACUCAGUCGAGACGAGGGCCUCAGGUUUCACAUCGCCAGUUUCCCUAUAAACAAUUCCGGCGGCCAUUGCCUCAUUCCUCACAGAAACAAAUGCCAUUUCUAUCCCAUCCUUUACCACAGGACUCGUUUUCAUUCGGAUACCCUUUUAACACGAAUGAAUUUCAGCCUUCGUUUACUCCAUUAAAUAAAGACAUGUACCUGCCAAGAAGCGCCAGUGUGGUCAUGGGAACGCAUAAAUCUGAUGGUGGUGUUUUUUCGAUCUCAGACGAGGACCCCAAUGCGGCGCCGCCAGCUAUGCAGGAUUCCUUUUCGCUUCCCCACCCUUUCCCUGUUCCCCAUACGCGUAUGCCCAUUUUUUCGAACCCUGGUAAUGAGCACUAUUAUUCCACCCCUGCUCCUUAUACUUCUGGAUUAUAUUCUCAGGAAAACCAAGGUAUUUUGGAUGGCGAUCCUAAUAUUGCUACUCUGCAGUCUGAGAAACAGCUGCCAUCCCAACCUCGUCGAUCCCGUCGGGGUGGGGGUGCAGUUGGACGCCGCCGAAGAAUGGGAGGUCGGGGCGGUAAUGUUUAG